AAACAUAGGGCUAUGGCUACAAUUAAUGGGCUUCCACAUUAAGCCCAAAGUAGUAGGAGUAGUACGUGGUAGAGCCCAUCAUAUUUUAAAAAUGGGCCUAAUUCUUCAAAAAGUUUACUAAUCAUUAGCUUCGACCGCCAAUCGACCUUCCCAUCGCCGCCGUGAUUUCUAACGACUCUCAAUCCGGCCACCGUCUCCAGAUUGGUGUCAAUUUCACAGUGAAUCGGUUAAAUCCGCAGUUGAGCUGAUUGAAAUGGGAGUCGUCUCGUCAGUUUGCGAGCUUGGUGGAAUCAGUCGCACUUUCUCACUCUAGCUGCUAUGGUUUCGCAUUAUAUCAGGAUGCUUUCUCAUUGAAUGUGGUCGAUGAUGAUUUAUUCCGUAAUUCAUGAUUCGAUCGUUGAUAAGAGAGAAGCAAAGAGGUUUAGGUUUAUUAAGAUCAUUAUCGGGUGGAGGAUUUGCCUUAGGUCACAAUGUGAGUCACUUUCCAAAAGGAAUUUCAACGCUGUGUUCAAAAUGCCCCUCUCGAUGGAGCUUGUUAGGAAAGCUAGAGAGAGAGUUGAAGGAGCACAAAAUCGAUGAGGCUUGGGAAACUUAUAACAACUUUGUGCGUGUUUAUGGCUUUGUCGAUCAAUCUCUUGUGGCUAAUCUGAUUACUGAGUCUUCGUAUUCAUCUGAUUCCAAAUCUCUUCGUAUGGCUUCUCAUUUAGUUGUUAGGCUUUCAAAGGAGAGACCGGUUUUGCUUAAAUCUGGGGUGACGACGAAGCUGCUCCUUUCUUUGGCCCGGGCUCAGAUUCUUGUUCCAGCUGCAAGGGUUUUUAGAGUGAUGCUGGAGAAGAAGAUCUUGCCGCCUUUGGAAAUCUUGCAGAUGGUUUUUCUACAUUUGGUGAAGACAGAAAUUGGGACUUAUUUAGCAUCAAAUGUUUUGGGGGAAAUUUGCUGUAGUUUAAAGGAAGGGAGAGUAAACAGAACAAUGACAAGGCCUGAUGUUAUGGUUUUCAACCUUGUUCUUUCUGCUUGUGUUAGAUAUGGAGCUUCUUUAAAGGGGCAACUGAUUAUGGAGCUGAUGCCGGUAGUGGGAGUCGCGGCAGAUGCCCAUACCGCUGUGAUUAUUGCACGUGUACACGAAAUGAAUGCCGCGAGGGACGAGUUGAAGAAGUUGGAAGAUUGUGUGGAUAUGGUUCCUGUUAAUUUGGUUCAUUACUACCUGCCCUUUUAUGACUCUUUGUUGAGCUUGAAUUUUAUGUUCAAUGAUAUUGAUAGUGCAUCCAGACUUUUGUUAGAUCUGUCUGAGUUGUAUUUUAGGGGUCGGAAUGAACAGAGAUCCUGGACUGUUUCGAUUGGAUCGGACAAUAUAAAGAAGGGGUUGAAGCUGCAGUUUCUACCUCAGCAGCUGCACAAGGAUUUUGUGUAUAAACUCAGCCAAAGGCAGGAGCUUCUAUUGCAUAAGAAUGGAAAGUUUGUUCUGACCAACAAAGGGUUGGCCAAGCUCAUCACAGGGUACAAGAGAGCAGGGCGAAUCAAUGAGCUCUCAAGGCUUCUGAUCAGCAUUCAAGAAAUGCUCAAUUCACCAGAUAAAAGCAGCCCUUGUUCUCAGGUGAUCGAUGCUUGUGUUUACUUGGGGUGGCUCGAAACAGCUCAUGACAUACUUGAGGAUUUGGUAAUGGAAAAUGAAAAUCACUCUGUUUGUUUAAGUUCAUAUGCAUUGCUCUUGUCUGCUUAUUACAGUAGAGAUAUGGUGAGGGAAGCAGAAGGGCUAGUGAGACAAAUCCAAAGACUCGGUUUUGACAUCAAAACAUCCACAAAGAUUUCGGAUUCAGAAGAUGAACACACAUCAAAUUUGGCCAGCUCAAUCAGCCAAGCAAUGAGGGAAGAAGAAGAUGGAGGAGUCUCACUGCAUCAGUUCAAUUCCUCCAUCUUCUUCUUCGCAAAGGCCAAGAUGAUCGAAGAUGCAAGAGAGACAUACCGGAAAAUGCAGAAGCUGAAGAUCCACCCUAAUGCUUCCACAUAUUUCUAUCUUAUAUGUGGGUACAGUUCUUUGGGGAUGUUUCGUGAGAUUACAAUCUUGUGGGGAGACAUCAAGAGGAGCACGGUGAAUCGAAAUACAGUAUACAAGAGAGAAUUGUAUGAGUUGGUGCUGCUGAAUUUUAUUCAGGGAGGCUAUUUUGAGAGGGUGAUGGAGGUUAUUCAUCUUAUGAUGGAGAAUGAUAUGUUCUUGGAUAAGUGGGGCUAUAAAACUGAGUUCUUGAAGUUUCAUAGGAACCUUUACCGGACCUUGACUUUGGCCGAGGCUAAGGACGAGGCGCAAUGCAUGAGGCUCGAGCAUGUGAAAGCGUUCCGGAGAUGGGCUGGCAUAAGUUAAACAUAGUAGAAGUUUGUAAGUUUGCGAUCUGUAACUAGGAACAAAUUUUUGUGGACUUACCAAUAUAGAGUAACUUAUAAGUGGACUAUUCAUAGUAUAUUAAGGUUUAUAUGUGCUCUUAACUUA